AUGUCGCACCACUUGGUGACCGUCUGCAUGUUCUGUCUGCUGUGCGCGGCGCACACGUGCGGAUCCCACGUCGACGUGCACAAAGAAGCGCAAGCAUACGAACCGGAACUCAAAGACACGGAGCACAUGAUGGCGGACCUAGGCAAGAGAAGAAUAGAGUCGAGGCUGCGUUACCACCAGAAACUGCAGAAGAUAAGGCAGAAGAGGGAAGUGAGGAACAUAAACCCGAAGACGUACGUCGAGCAGAUAUUCAGCAUGUACGGCGACGCAGAAACCACGACGAUGAACCUGACCGGUUUCAACAAAAUGCUCGAGGACCUGGAACUGCACAAUUUGGUCGAGGGCGGCGUUAAGAAGACCGAGCGGAAGGAGUAUAUCUACGGCGAUGAAACUAAAGAAGAAGUGGUCAAUUGCGUUAGCAGCGCGGAGCUCGUCACGACAGUGAACAAUAGGCUAAAUCCGCACGACCACGACCACGGACACGGUCACAGCGGCCACGAAGCGGAGAGCCACGUGUCCGAGGAGACCCUACGGGCCAUCUGCCCCAUCCUACUGUACCAGAAGUUGGCAGUCACCUCGCUAGAGAAGUUGGGAUGCGUGAAAGAGCCGAACCUACUCGAAACGAGGAUAGGGAAGGAGCUGAAACCGUCGGAGAACGCGUACACGAAGAACAUGUUCGCCGUCUGGCUGUACUCGUCGCUGAGCAUAACGGCAAUAAGCGCCUGCGGCCUUCUCGGUGUCGCCGUGAUACCGAUAAUGCACAAGACGUACUACAACCACCUGCUUCAGUUUCUAGUGGCUCUCGCCGUCGGCACUCUGUGCGGUGACGCGCUCCUCCACCUAAUGCCGCACGCUAUGAGCCCCAUGGAGCACGACCACGGCGGCGGCGAUGGCUCCCACGACGACGGCAUGUGGAAGGGGCUAGCCGCCAUGCUGGGCGUCGUCUUCUUCUACUUCACGGAGAAGGGUCUGACGGUGGUCGUCGAGUGGAGGAAGAGGCGCCAGAAGCUGGAGGAGGACAAGCUGCCGAGCCGGGUGCGCGUGCUGAAGGACGAGACCGUCGGCGGUUGCUCGGGCGGCUCCAAGGCGGCGAUAACCAACUCGACGUCGAACAACAUAAUGAAGAUAUUCAAGAGGGACGAUAAGGGAGAUCCCACAACGAAGACGUGCAAGCAUAAGUACUCGGAAUACCCGUACUGCUACGACGAGAUCGACACGGAUACACACGACGAGCACCACAUGAGGGACGGCCUCCCGCCCAGCCCGAAAGCGACCAAGAAGCACAACAACUCCGUGAGCGUCGUCUCCUCGAACGCCCUCAACCCCGAGGGCAAGGAGAACGAGCCGACCGCCAAGGAUUGGCUGCUGAAGGCCGAGUCGACGCCCGCCGUGGUCGAGAUGAACAACAUCAAGCACAAAGAGGACGGCGCGAAGGACCUCAAGGAUGGCGACAGCUACACGGUCAUACUCAGGGAACACUCGCGAGCCCACCACGGCCACUCGCACGCGCACGGCCACGUCCACGCGCCGCCGUCCUCUCUCUCCUCGGUGGCCUGGAUGGUCAUCAUGGGCGACGGCCUGCACAACUUUACGGACGGCAUGGCGAUCGGUGCUGCCUUCGCGUCCAACAUUGCUGGUGGCUUCUCCACAGCGAUUGCAGUACUCUGCCACGAGCUACCACAUGAAUUAGGCGACUUCGCGGUGCUCCUGAAGGCGGGCAUGUCGGUGCGCCGCGCCGUCUGCUACAACGUGCUCUCGUCGGCGCUGUGCCUCGCGGGCAUGGUCUGCGGGGUGCUCGCCGGCCACGCGCCCUCCGCCACCAGGUGGCUGUUCGCCGCCGCCGCCGGCAUGUUCCUCUACAUCGCGCUCGUCGACAUGAUGCCCGAGCUGAGCACGUCGCACAGCAAGGAGGGCACCCUGUGCCAGUGCAUCCUCCAGCUGAUGGGGCUGGCUUCGGGCAUCGGGAUCAUGCUCGUCAUCGCCAUGUACGAGCACGACCUUAAAAACCUGUUCGGG